AAGGAUUAGAAAUUGACCAUUUUGACUUUGGUGUCGGUUUCCUUCUGCACAAUCUGUGCUCACCUACCCCCAACUCCAAGUAUCCAAACCCAACAAUAGCAUCAGAAGAAUCCAAAAACCCAAAGCGAAAAGUAGUAAACCAAGGAGCAAAACACUUAUUUCCGUUACAUUUUCCUACAACGGGAAAUUGAAACACCAAUAUUACAAGCAAGCACAAGAAGCAGCAGCAAGUCUUGAAGGUGGCCAAGAAUCCAACUUUAAUUAGAUCAUGGAAGAAUCUGAGACAUACCCAAAAGAAUACUUCUCCCCACAACCAAGAAGAACCACGUCAACGCCGUCAUCAGUUGCAACCACCAGUGUCCACGUCACUGCUUUAGAUGGGCUAGUAAAUGUGAACUCACUUUUCACCAUUGCAGUGUUUGUGGGGCUCUCUCUAACCACACCUGGCCAAAAAAGUCUUGAAGACCGCACAGCCUGCGAUGCUGGCAUUGACGUUGUCAAGAAACUGCUUGUUUUUGAGGUUGUCUCAUUCAGCUUCUUUCUCUUCUCUUCACUUGUUGCACAGGGACUCAAAUUGGCAAUUAAUCUGUUGAAUAGCAAAGAUGUUGAUGAGGUUUUCAGGGCUCAUAUCAAUUUGAAAGUGCUUAGGCUUGGAAUGAUGGGUUCUGCUAUUGGAUCUGUAAUGGGCUGUUUGUUCUUGAUGCUUUCUAUUGUGAAUGUCAUUGAGGUUCGGCUCGGGAUGUUAUCUUGUGGAAGUAAAUCUGCUAUUCAUGCUGUCUCCGCCUUGGUCAUUCUAGUCUCCACUGCUCUUGUGGUUUAUAUUUCUACUGCUAUAUAUGCAUUUAUGCACUAAAGUCAAUCUGCAAUCUUGAAUGUACUCUUUGGUAAAAAUCGAGAAGCUUGUACGUCAUUUUCAUUGUUGAACUUUAGAGUUAUCUGGAGAGUUUGUUAUGUUGUUUCUAGAAUCAAUGUCAAGCCUGUGAUUGAUGAUGAAAAGAUUAAAUAGGAUCCUAUAUAAUGUGAAGUAGAUUUAUGCCAUUCUUACGAGGAACAGAGGAAGUGACCAAACUAUUCAAUUUACCUUGUGGAGGUUGAUGGAGACUGAAGUUGUUUGCAAAACUUUAGUUGGGGUCAUUUAGCACUUGUAAAAGCUUGUCGUGAGGUAUUAUGGCAAAUAAAACUUAUAAGAUUUGAUGUUUCUGAGCUUUUUCAAUAGUGAAGCCACUUCUCUUCU